AAUUUAACUGAGUUUAAAUUUUCGAAUAGGUGGUGUUGGAGCACGCCUAGUUCAUCAUCGUAACCUUCAUUUAUUUUCAUUUUUAUAUAUACAUAUAGUAUGUUCAUUUUACAUGAAAUUCAUAGCAUUAUCGAUUUGCAUAUCGAACACAUAUUUGGUUGCACAUGAAUUGUAUUUACAUAUGAAUGUAAUACUUCAUAUUUCUUGAUAUAGUCAUACAUUAAUAUUUGAAUUGUUAAACUUAAUACUCAAUGUAAUCUUUGGAUGUAGUGUUUAAGUAGUAUUUGCUUCUAUAUGUACAUAUGUACAACAUUAAAUGAAUUGUAUUAUUUAAAUACUACAUACAGAGCUUUUCAGGAUGUUGUGCUAAUGAUCUUGGAUUUGCAUUUAUAUUUGCUGUUACAAAUGAAUUGAAUUAUGCAAAUUCAUGAUCACAUGCACAACAUCCUGAACAGCCCUUAUGCAUAGUUGCACAAACUUGUGCACUCUAGAAUUCCUCAACUUUAAAACAGAGUAUUUUUGUAAAUAGUGCAGCCCUGCGUGGCCGCUGAAUAUACACUCACACUAGUAUGCAUAUAUUAUAGUACAUAAGAACCAUUUGAGGCUAUGUACUUCUCUGGAAUGAAUAAACUGAAUUAUUGUAAAAAGAUAAUCGGACCGGUCAACACUACUUUUAAUUUGCUCGCUCGUUUCCUCUUAAGUUCCGCCGUCGGUGGUGAUUUUAAUUAAAUAUUUGUAGUUACGCGGUUAAAUAAGUUUGCUUAGUUGUUGGUAGGAGCAUACGACUGCCCUACAGUUCAUAAAUUUAAAUUUGUUCAAUAAAGUUUUUUCGAAGCGCAAACUAGCGCUGCGUCAUUGGCGACCGUGACAGGACACAGUCCAGUGUUCUGUCAGUUUAAUUGCGUCCGCAGUACGUGGGUACCCGUUGGAAAAAGACUGCUGGCAUUGGGCGAUUCUGUCCAGGAUUUGGAGGCUGUUGUUGUCGCUAGCGAGGUAGCGAACUUGGAGGCUGCUGUUGUUGUCGCUAGCGUGGUAACGAACUUGAACGUUGCUGUUGUUGUUGUCGCUAUCUUGGUGGCGAAUUUGGAGCUGUUGGUUGCGGUUGGAGGUGUUGUGGCUGCUUGCGAGUCAGUGGGUUCGGCGGUGGAUUUUUGCACCCGGAGCAAGUAAAAUGUGUGUGGGCAUCAAUGAGGUUCGUCGGACGUCGCGGAGUUCCUCAGAAACUAUACUGCGACAACGCAACGAAUUUCGUGGGCGCCAACGCACGGCUUCGAGAUCUCGCCAAGCAACUCCAGGACGACGACAAGCGGAGCGAAAUUGGCGCGUUCGCAGCCGAGCUAGGAAUGGAAUUCGCCUUCAUACCCCCACGCGCACCUCACUUCGGCGGGCUAUGGGGGGCAGCCGUCAAGAGCGCCAAACAUCUUCUUAUGCGCGUCGUCGGCGACAAUACCCUUACCUUCGAGGAGUUGGCCACCGUCUUGGUCGACGUGGAGGCAAUAAUGAAUUCCCGCCCACUCGUAGGAGCAACAGACGACCCCAACGACGCCGAAGCAAAAACCCCAGCACAUCUCUUAAUAGGGGAUUCUCUCAUGGCCGCACAGUGUAAGAUUUUACCAAUCUAGCUGCUUUUAAUUCUGUAAUUCGAAAACUAUUGAAGAUAGAUUAAUAAAAUUUUGCACAAGGUACGUUAUAAGAUAGGCGAAGCUUUUUACAAAAAAUUGGUCAUUUAGAGUUACUGCCACGUCACCCUAUUAUAUAACUGCAAUUUAUAAAAAUGCAAAAACUGAAAUAUUUAACUAACUACAAAGGCUAAAAUGCCUAAAAUAAAUAUUUAGAAUUUCCCUAUAACAAUGAAUUAUAAACUGGCAAAAAUGGACUCAAAAAUAAAUAUCGAUAAAAAAUCAAGUUGGGUCAACGAAAUUCCGUUAUAAGUUCAAUAUUUCUUGCUCUAUUUACAAAAGUGGGAUACUAUUGGAAAGGUUGUGAAUUAGGCUUUCUCUAUUCAAAGCGGAAAUACAAGAAUUUGUCUAGGCCGAGAUUAAAUUCAAAUAAAUUACUCGAAGAAAAUUAAAUUCCUAGUAGGCCUGAAAAAUGAAAAUUUC